UUGUACUUUUAUUUUGCUAGACCCUUCCGAUUCCCAUUCACCCGCACCCUUUGACACAACUCUCUAAGCUCAGCCCCGGCCACGUCAUCUCUGGUGAUGUCUGGACAGAUUUAUAUAGGUUGAAUCCCAUCGUCCUAAUAUCUGCGGCAAUUUCGAAUCACGUAUCCAGUUCCGGCCCGAAGAUUAAUAUUAGCAAUUUCCGUGUCUAAUGCACCAAGCAGUCAAACAAAUUCACAGCAUGCCAUUUACGAUUUGCACGAUCAGACUUUCAACAUCUAAACCAAGCUUUGUAUUGAGAUUUUUGACCAAGAAACUGCCAGCCUUUAUUCACUUCACUUAACUGCUACUGCGGCCUUGGAUUGUUGGUUUCCUCGCAAUAUCCCCCGAAUUAAUCUCUAGACCGACCCAACCACGCCACUAGGCAUCUCGUCACAACCAAUGUGACUCAAUCACUGACGUAAUCGACAUAUCUGCACUCCUUUGUAAGUCAGGGGCUCGGUUGGUACCUAGUUGCUACUAUGGAUAUCAUGUGUUGGGUGCCUUGGCUGCUUGGUUUCCGCCUGAAGUCAACACACCAAGCACCAUGCAGGGGUAAACUCUUUAGCAUCUUAUACAGGACUGUGACAGCAAUCAGCUUGCGCUUAUGUCCAUCAAGAUGAGCACCGGACUAGUCCGUGGCUUAAGCCAUCUCCAGAGCUUCAAAAUUGGUGCAGAUUUAUUAAAACAUACUUUGCCUUGGUCGUAAACUCAAAUUUAACCACUACAAUGCCAUCUCGGUCAAUGUCGAGGAAGAGCUGAAUAUAAAAUGACCUUCAAGUGCCCAAGUCAGUCAGAGUACUCGGGCAUUGAGCAGACAAGUCCUAAACUCAUUCAAAAUGCAGUUCAAUUUCCUUCUUGCAGUGGCUUCGACUGCCCUCGCUGUACCUCCCCCUUUUCUCGCACCUUUGGACCGCAACCACCCCAUUUCCCGCUGGAGUCAACGCCACUGCGACACUGACAGUGAUCAAUAUCUCGCAAACCCAUCAUUCGAGGACGGUCUCAACGAUUGGACUGCCGGUGACGGUGUGAGGGUUCGGCAAUACGACGAAUGGAACACCUCCUCUCUCCGCUUCAGACUUGAAGAUGGAGAAAACUACCUAUACAUGACCUCAUCCAGCGAGGAGAGUAUCAUCUCUCAGACGAUUCGUGGAUUCAACGAACCCUCUGUCACCCUCACCUAUGACUGGUCCUAUGAUGUUAUUGGGGACGGCGAUAAAUCUGAUAUAGACUGCAUCCUGACUACCACCUUUGGCGGCGAUCCGGUGUCGUCCUGGAGACGUGGCCAAGCUAAAGGUCGAGGGUCUGUGACGACUACUUUUUCAUAUGUCAACGGCAACGAUCUCACAUUUUCUUUCCUGUGCGAUAAUGACGACUACGUGGGAUCUGUUGGUAUUGAUAGUGUCAACCUUUACGGUUGCUACCUGGGUGGGGAUUGA